AUGUCUAAAUUACAUCGAGAAAGAUUAUUUAAUGUACAGAUUACUGAAAAACCAAGUGAAAUAAGGAGGAUUCGUUGUGAAGAUUCUUUACAAAAUUUGUCUUUUCUGAAACAACCAACCUUGAGGGCUACAAGAGACAAGAAAACAUCUGUUUUAGUGAAAGUCAGAGAAAUAAAUGAUGGAAAGAAAUCUUGGACAGUGUCUUCUCAGAAACAACUGGACUUGAAGGCUACAAGUGACAAGAAAGAUUCUGUUUCGAAUAUAGCCACGGAAAUAAAGGAUGGACCAAAACCUGGGACAGUGUCUUCUCAGAAACAACUGGCCUUGAAGGCUACAAGUGACAAGAAAGAUUCUGUUUCGAAUAUAGCCACAGAAAUAAAGGAUGGACCAAAAUCUGGGAUAGUGCAUCCUGCUGUUGACGAGCAUUUAAACAGAAAUGAACCUGCUCAUUUUUGUUGUAUCAUUUUGCCCUUUAGGUGUCUCCAGAACCCAGAUGGUGGUACAAAGCCUGUGCCAGAGGAAAAGUCUGAUUCUGGUUCUGUGAUUAUUGCAAAAUCACGUGAAAUAAAGAGGAUGCCUCAUGAAGAUUCUUUAGAAAAUUUACAUGCUGCAUAUGGCAUUGAAAAAACCGAAAAUGGAACCUUGUUUGAAAACCAAAAGAAUGAUAAGGAAGGAAAAGUACUACCAACAACUGGAAAAAAAGCAAAUGUGUCUCCUGAGCAACCACCUUUAUUUAUGCAUACUGUGAAAGACAAAGAUCACAUUUCAACUAGAGUCGUAGGAAAGUUGGAUUCGCCAACUUCCAGAGAAGUGUCUUCUCAGAAACAACCAACUUUGAAGGCUGCAACUGACAAGAAAGAUUCUGUUUCGAAUAUAGCCACAGAAAUAAAGGAUGAACAAAAAUCUGGGACAGAUUCUUCUCAGAAACAACAGACUUUGAAGGCUAUAAGUGUCAAGACAGAUUCUGUUUCAAAUAUAACCACAGAAAUAAAGGAUGGAAAAAAACCCAGGACAGUGUCUUCUCAGAAACAAUCUGCCUGGAAGACUACAAGUGACAAGAAAGAUUCUGUUUCGAAUAUAGCCACAGAAACAAAGGAUGUACAAAAAUCUGGGACAGUGUAUGCUCAGAAACAGCUGGCCUUAAAGGCUACAAUUGACAAGAAAGAUUCUGUUUCGAAUAUAGCCACAGAAAUAAAGGAUGGAAAAAAAUCUAAGACAGUGUCUUCUCAGAAACAACCGGCCUGGAAGGCUAUAAUUAAAAAGAAAGUUUCUCUUUCAAAUAUUGCCACAGGAAUAACGGUUGUUGAAAAAUCUGGAGCAGAAUAUCCUGAAAAUCUUCCCACCUUGAAGGUUACAAUUGAAAAUAAAGAUUCUGUUCUGAAUAUAGCCACCGAAAUGAAGGAUGUACACACAUCCUUGCCAGCAGAACAAGACUUAGAAAUGGCAUCAGAGGGAGAGCAAAAGAGGUUUGAAGAAUAUGAAAAUAACCAGCCAUGGAUGAAAAACCAAAUACAUUUUAGGGAUGAUCUUGAUGACGUAAUUCAGCCAUCUCAAAUAGCCUCAGAGGGUGAUGACUCACUUUCCUCUAAGAAAGUUAUAUUACUCAUUGAUCAACAUGGAAUGCAGUGUAAAGAUUGUGCUCACCUAUUAAAAAUUAAAAAUGCAAUUUAUUUACAUGAAAGAUCAAUAGAAAAUCACUGUGAGCGACUUACAGGAAAAAUUCAAAAAAUGAAAAAUAAGAUUAGUAUACUACAAAAGAGACUAUCUGAAGAAAAAGAAAUAAUAUCACAGUUAGAGCAUGAAAAACCUGAAUGGGAAAAAGCACUCUGCAGUUUGAGAUAUGCCAUACUACAAGAAAAAGAGAAAGGAAGAAAUUCUGAAAAGUUGCAUGAAAAAGUUAGGGAAAAGAUAAUAAUGGAAGAGCAACAUGCGAUAGACGCCAAAGAGAUAAAACAACUUAAACUGGCCAUCAAAUCACUGGAGGUGGAAUUGGAGACUGUGGAAAAUGAUUCAAAUCAGAUUUCUGAUAGUCAUGGAAAAGAAGAAGACCUGUUGCAUAAAAACCACUUGAUGCAAGAUGAAAUUGCCAGGCUUAGGCUGGAAGUAGACACAAUUAAAAAUCAAAACCUGGAAAAGAAAUACUUAAAAGACAUUGAAAUUAUAAAAGGGAGGAAUGAAGACCUUCAAAAGACUCUAAAAUGGAAUGGGGAAACAUUAACAAAAAUGAUAGCCCGUUCUAGUGGACGGCUUACUGCUCUGACAGAUGAGAACACAAUGCUCCGUUCCAAACUGGAGAAGGAAAAGGAAAGCAACCAAAGACUGGAAACAGAAAUUGAAUCAUACCGUUGUAGACUGAAUGCUGUUCUACGUGAUCAUGAUCAAAAUCAGUCAUCAGAAAGAGACCAAGAGCUUGCUUUCCAGGGCACAGUAGAUAAAUGGUGUCAUUUACAGGAAAAUUUGAAUUCUCAUGUUCUGAUUCUUUCUCAGCAACUUGCUAAAGCUGAGAGUAAGUCCAGUGGCCUCGAAACUGAGCUCUGUUACACAAGAGAGGCUCUGAAAGAAAAGACUUUGGUUUUUGAAUGCAUGCAAAGAGACCUAAACCAAACACAGUGUCAAAUGAAGGACAUUGAAAAAAUGUACAAAAAUGGCCAAGAUAAAGUAGAAAAAUGCAUAGAAAAGCAGGAAAGAUUAUGUCAGCUACAUAGACAAAGUAUGCUGCUUCAACAGCAACUGAAUGAUGCUCACAACAAAGCUGACAAUCAAGAAAAAACAUUAAUUAAUAUUCAAGCCAAAUGUGAUGCUAGAGUACAAAAUGUUCAAGCUGAGUGCAGAAAGCGCUCUAUUUUGCUAGAAGAAGAGAAUAAGAGGUUGAUCAAUGAAGUUAAUCAUUUGAAAGAAAAACAAUGUCAGUAUGAAAGAGACAAAGCAGAAAGAGAAGUACUUAUAAGACAACUUCAACAAAAACGGGAUGAUGCCCUACACAAAGAAUCAACAUCAAAAACUUUGGUGGAUGCGUCAUUGCGUCGCUCCAUCCAUUUAGAAAGUGAGCUGGAGGAUUCAAAGAAGAAAGCAGGCCAGAUGAGAAGUCAAUUUCAGGAAAUACAAGAUCAACUUACAGCGACUUUAAGACGUGCUGAGAAGAUGCAAGGCCACAUACAAAAGCUUGAAAUAGAAAAUUCCAUGAUAAGAAAUAUAAUUAAAAACCAAGACGACCAAAUUGAGCAGCUUCAGAAAAUCAUGCAGAAUUCAACUUUGGUAAGCCAAUCUCUUAAUUUCUGUCAUACUGAAAAGGAAUUUUAUUUUUCCAGUAGGACAGGCUGAAUAUCCCUUGUCCAAAAUGCUUGGGACCAGAAGCAGAUUUUUUUCAGACUUUGGAAUAUUUGCAUAUACCUAAUGAAAUAUCUUGGGGAUGGUACCUGAACCUAAACAUGAAAUUCACUU